CCCCGUGCUGGAGCUGCGGGAAAUGCUGAUGGAGAAGUAUGGAGACGACUCAAGGCUCAUCUACGAGCUGCAGGAUCAGGGAGGAGAGCUGCUGGCCCUGCGCUACGACUUGACUGUGCCCUUCGCUCGCUAUUUGGCAAUGAACAAAAUCACCAACAUCAAGCGCUACCACAUCGCAAAGGUGUACAGACGGGACAACCCGGCCACGACCAGGGGCCGCUACAGGGAGUUCUACCAGUGCGAUUUUGACAUUGCCGGCCAGUUUGACCCUAUGAUUCCUGAUGCUGAGUGCCUGAAGAUAUUGCAUGAGAUCCUGAGUGAGCUGCAGAUUGGGGAUUUUCUCAUUAAGGUUAACGACAGACGAAUUUUGAAUGGCAUGUUUGCCAUUUGUGGCAUCCCAGAGAGCAAACUUUUAACUUUGUGCUCUACUCUGGACAAACUGGACAAGAUGCCGUGGGAGGAAGUGAGGAGUGAGAUGGUAGGAGAGAAGGGUCUCUCACCUGAGGCUGCAGAUCGCAUCGGGGAGUACGUCCAGCUUCAUGGUGGCAUGGACCUGAUUGAGCAGCUUCUCCAGGACCCAAAGCUGUCCCAGAACAAGCUGGCCAAGGAGGGGCUGGGGGACAUGAAGCUGCUGUUUGAGUACCUGACGCUGUUUGGCAUCGCGGGGAAGGUCUCCUUUGACCUGAGCCUAGCACGAGGCCUGGAUUACUACACAGGGGUGAUAUAUGAGGCUGUCCUGCUGCAGCAGGAGAAUGACCAUGGAGAGGAGUCAGUCAGUGUUGGGAGCGUGGCUGGAGGCGGUCGCUAUGAUGGGCUGGUGGGAAUGUUUGAUCCCAAGGGACGGAAGGUGCCAUGUGUGGGGGUCAGCAUUGGGAUUGAGCGGAUCUUCUCCAUCCUUGAGCACAGAAUGAAGGCUUCAGGGGAGAAAGUCCGAACGACUGAGACACAAGUGAUGGUGGCUACGCCUCAGAAACAUUUACUCAGUGCAAGACUGAAACUCAUCUCUGAGCUCUGGGAUGCAGGAAUCAAGGCAGAAAUGAUGUACAGAAAGGACCCUAAACUGCUAAAACAGCUGCAGUAUUGUGAAGACACGGGCAUCCCCCUUGUUGCCAUUAUAGGAGAGCAGGAAUUGAGGGAUGGAGUUGUCAAGUUGCGAGAUGUUGCUACAAGAGAGGAGGUUGAUAUCCCAAGAGAAGAGCUUGCUGCUGAGAUCAGAAGAAGGCUGGUGCGCUAGGACUUUUCUGUCCAGAGCUGCACAACUGGAAACCCCACUGCCCAUAGCCAUUACCUUCCUGCUGAAGUCUCCUCAGUACCCACUGUGAUUAGGAUUGCCUGGCAGUCUCUGGCCAUGGCAGGGGGCAGAAGGAGCAAGCAGGUUUUAAAAAUCACAUAUAGUGCCAUACCCUGGUUAACUGCUGCUGGCCAGGCUGAGCUUCUGUGCCCUGAAACAGCGUGAUGUGAGGCUGAGCAGGGGCUCAGUGCUGGUGGACAAGGUGGCACAGUGCAGGCAGACGGACGUGGCCCAGCAGCUACAGCCAGUGAAAGCCGAGCCCCUGCUUGGCUCGGGGCAGGGCUGGCUGCGCACGGCAACACCUCUUGCCUCAUGGAGUGGGCUGUGCUGCUGCUGGGAAACUGCAACGCGGCCUUGUGAGGAGCCGCCCGCGGUGUGCAGCCAGGCGGAGCUGCGGGCAGCCGAGUGCUGCUGGUGGUGACCGCCGGCGUGGGGUGGGGUGAGACCUGACCCUCAGCACCGGGAGCACGGUGCUCCUAUGGGAAGCAGGCGAGCGGGUCGGCGGCGCUGGAACCGCUUUGUAUGUUGUUACAAAAUAAAACAGAAAGAAAAAGAA